AUGAUCAAACAAUCUUUCAUAGCAAAAGCGCGUCAAAAUCAAGGAUAUGCAAACGUCAGGGCUUCUUCCCGCCGAAAUCGAAUCGCCCAUUCGAUUCCCAACGGAGAUUUCAAUGAUCGAUUGAUUCAUUUUCAAAUUUCAUGUUUUUGGUUGACGACUCAUACGACCUCGUGGAGUCAAGACGCAUCAACGCAGUUUGAGGAGAGCACUGGUGCUCCUGACACCACUAUGGAAUCCGCAGUCUAUGUCUACAAAGGGAAGACAGAACAGGGUGAUGCUCCUAAAGACAUCCAAAAAGCCACAGUGGCAUCUCAGGUUCACAUUAUAUUUGCAGAAUCCUUCCAAGAUUGCACCUUAUUGGUGUCUGUGAUUCUUCCCUUGGGUUUGAGGGUGAUCGAGGAACACGCUUUUGCAAAUUGUACCUCCCUCAAGACAAUUCCCAUUCCAUCGUCCGUCUGUAUCAUCCACUACGGCGCCUUUAUGACCUGUGAAGGAUUGGAAACCAUGGAUCUGCCAGAAGGCUUGACAGAAGUCACAGACCAAACCUUUGAAGGAUGCUCAUCCUUACGUCAUGCCCAUAUACCAUCGACUGUAUUGUACGUUGGGGGGCAAGCCUUUAUGGGAUGUGGGCAAUUGCGUGAUAUGGACUUGCCAUAUGGCCUUCAUCAGAUUGGGUCGACUGCCUUUGGUUCUUGUAGAAGUCUCGAAAGGAUUCUUAUUCCCUCUACUGUGGUUGCGAUUGGAGGCCGUAUUUUUUCUGAAUGUACUGCCUUGAAAUCUGUGGAAAUAGGUACUGAUAGUGGGCUUCAAGUAAUUGGACCUGAUGCCUUCAAGGAUUGCGCGCAGCUAAUGAAUGUUGUAAUUCCGAGCAACUGCAAGGUAUAUUCUGGGGUACCCGAGGGAUUCUCAAUUCGUCGUCACGCAUCCGUGGACCAACCUCAGUUGACCAACGAUGCAACGCGUGCGUUCCAUGGUGCUGCUGACACUACUCCGGAUUCCACCAUGUAUAUAUACCAGAUAGAAGAUGAUGCUGUUCCACAAGAAAUUGAAGGAGUCAUUGUGGAAGCUCGUAUUCAGAUUAUCCGUCCAGAAGUUUUCAACGCUUGCCAAUUGUGGUGUCUGUGGGUUUUCCCAUGGGUUUAA